AUGACAGAGAACGUCCCAGUUGUUUCGUCCAGAGGCGAUAGGAAGGUCACAGAGAGGAACCGAAGAAGCCAUAUGAGGGCUCUUUACUCCAAGCUCAGCUCACUCGUCCCUCGUCAAACCUCAAGGGAAGUGGUUUCUGUGCCGGAUCAGCUGGGUGAAGCCACGAACUACAUAAAGAAACUUCAGAUAAGGUUGGAGAAGAUGAAGGAGAAGAAGCUCAACCUUAUGGGGACCGGCAAGAAGAGAAAUGCUAAUGAGAGCCUAACUAACAAUAGUAGAGGAAUCAUUAGGGGGUCAAAAUCGCCCAAAGUUGAGAUUCACCAAAUGGGUUCAGCAUUAGACGUUUCUGCGAUCACUGGGUUGGAUUGCCAGUUCAUUUUCAACGAGUUCAUUCGCAUUCUUCACGAAGAACAAGCCGAUAUUGUUAACGCCAGUUAUUCAGUCGUUCAAGACGCUGUUUUUCACACCAUACACUGUCAGAUAAGUGAAUUUGGAAACAGAUCUGAGAGGAUAUCGGAGAGAUUAAAGCGGUUUGUGUACGGUUCUGGUGCUUUUUGAAGAGAAUGGCAAUGUCUGCACUACGUACUCUGGAUUUUGAUGAUCAGAUUGUGAAUAGCUUGUACUUUAGUUUGUAAUUAUACGUAAUUUCGUUCGUAC